GUGCUAAAAAUAAAAGUUUUUCAAUAUAUGCAAAUAUACAAUCCGAUUUCUCCGGUGAAAACCAUGGUGAAGAUUUAUCCUCACCUGGCGUUUCCGGUGGAUAUUGGUGUUGUAGAAGACAAGAUUGUGCCCUACUUGACGAAGGAGCAAGAGAGUUUCACGAUUUGGAUGAAAUCUUUGGUAUUCCAUAGCAAAGGCUGCACAGUUUUUGAUUCCAAAGGAAACUUAAUCUAUCGAGUGGAUAACUAUAACUCCAAGAGUUGCAGUAAUGAAGUUUAUUUUAUGGAUUCAUAUGGGAAAAUUCUGUUUACUUUAGGUCAAAAGAAAUCGGGAUUCUUCAAAUCUUGGGAAGGAUAUAACUCAACCGGGACCAGAUUUCGACUAAGUAAGAUUUUCAAGAUUUUGCCAAGAGAUUCAUCUUACAAAGUUGUAAUGGGAUCGCGCAUAGUUGAUGGUGGUGAUCAACAGUCUUGUUAUAAGAUUGUAAACCGCGGAUCCGUUUUCGCAAUCAAGGAUGGAUCGGGAAGAUUAAUGGCAGAAGUUAAAAAUAAACUAUCGGAUAUUAGUGGUUUGGAUCUUGGAGAAGAUGUCUUGACAAUGAUGGUGGAGCCACAACUAGAUCAUUCUAUAAUAAUGGGUAUUGUUAUAGCUUAUAGUCUUACAAAAUGUAAAUUGUGAUAAGUAUUUGGCGAGAUUAAUGUAACCUUGAUCAGGUGAUAAUCUUAAAGGUAAGCAUGUUUUAAAGCUAAUCAAAUGUUGGCAUAAGCCCCAAAUCUCUCGCUUGAAGUUGUAUUUUGAUGAUUUCAAUAAAAUGUGGAGAAGCUC